AUGGCUACCAAUCGGCAGGUGUGGGAGGUCAAGGAGCCGUAUCUGAACGCGCACUGCCUCCUGGGCGAGGGGCCGUUCUACGAGACCGAGUCCAACAGCGUGCGCUUCGUCGACAUCCGCAAGCGCCAGCUGCUGACGGUCGACCUGGCAGCCGGACCAUCGUCGCUGCAGGUCCUCCAGCUCGACUUGGCCAUCUCGGUGACGGCCGACAUCCGCGGCGUCGAUCCGCGCGAACAGGUCCUGGCCGGCCUCAAGCACGGCCUCGCAGUGCUGGACCGCAAGACGGGCUCGUACGAAUAUGUGCGCAAGUUUAGCGAGUGCGCCAACACGAGCGGCGAUGUCGCGGCCGAUGCUAUUGACUACAACCGUGUGCGUGGCAACGACGGCGCCGCCGAUCCGCACGGCCGCUUCUGGCUCGGCACCAUGACCGACUUCGAUCUGGGCGAGUUCCAGCCGGAAGGCGCCCUCUACCGCUUUGACGGAGCCAAGUCGGGCGAGCUGACCCAAGCCGGCCUCACCAUCCCCAACGCCAUCGGCUGGUCGCCCGAUGGCAGCGUCAUGUACUUCACCCACACGACCGCAAACACGCUCUACGCCUUCGACUACAGCCCCGUCGACGGCAGUCUGUCCAACCGGCGCGCUCUCUACGUCCAUCCCGGCCCGGGCUCGCCCGAUGGCUUCCGUGUCGACGUCGACGGCUACAUCUGGCACGCCAUUUACGGCGGCAGUUGCGUCCUCAAGAUCUCGCCCGUCGACGGCCGAGUUGUUGGCGAGGUCCGCCCGCCCACCCCCAACAUCACGUGCACCCAGUUCGUCGGCACCGAGCUCUUCAUCACCACCGCCGCCAACAAGGAAGACACGCCCGAGCCUGACGUGCUGGGCGGCGCUCUCUUCCGCAUCGACGUCGGUGUCAAGGGGCUGCCUCCCUACCGCUUCCACAAGGACACCUGA